AUGUCCAACGAGCAAAACCCUGGACUUCUCGGCGGCCUAGGCGAUACCUUGGGCAAGACAGUCGGCGGCGUGACAAACACACUGGGAAGCACAGUUGGCGGCCUUGGUUCAACCGUUGGCAACGCAACAUCAGGACUUGGACAGACCGUCUCGGGUGCGACAGAGGGUGUCAGCAAUACAACGAAGAGCGCAGGACAGGGGGUGCAGAGUGGCGUCUCUAGUCUCGGGGGGCAGAAGCAGACCGGUGAUAACCCGCUUGGGUUGAGUAAAUAG